AUGGAUUUGCAGAAUGGAUUUGCCUCCGCAGCGGAUGAGCACGGGGGACUAAUUUAUGUGGCUGGAGGGUCUGGUGAUGAUACGUUUAACAGCCCGGUCCGUAGCGCUUUUGUUUACAAUGUGGAGGAGGAUAAGUGGGAUGUUCUCCCCGACAUGAACACCUACCUGGAGUUCUUUUUAGGUGCUUUUGUUGACGGCAAGUUUUAUGUAAUGGGUAACCCGUCUGGGCCUAGCUUUGAGAUUUUUGAUUCCUACACGAGAAGCUGGAAAACUAUGGAGAAUAGUUUCAACAAUUGGCGUUAUUUCGUAACUGCAUUUGGGCGUUUGCAUUGCUUGUCUGUUAGGGGAUUGAUUGAAUAUGACUAUAGCCAAGAUAAUGUGAACAUUGUAGGGACUUUUCCAACGGAGGAUUGGGUUCUUUCUAUUAAAUUUGCUGGAGUGGUUAGCAAUAAAAUCAUUGUGGGCAAAAAGGAUCCAAUUGAAGGUCAAGAUUUUUAUAUUCUCGCACCUCCAAGUGAGACAGGAGGAACACUCAAGUUGAUUGGCUUUGAGAGACCAUCAGGCCUCGAGGGUUCUACGAUAUGUGCUGCAACUCUGGAUCUCUAA